AACUUAGCUAAGUCAAUCAGUCAUUCAACUACCAAACUAUCUCUCUCUAUUAUCUCUUCAAAAAAGAAUUGAUUUUUAUUUUUCAUAAUCUCAAACAAAACAAUGGCCAUUUCCUCUUCUUCCCCACCUCCCAAACCCUACCAAAACCCUUUUCCUUUACAAAUUCUGACCUAAUUUUCAGUUUAUUUCUUACUUGUUAGUGAAUUAAAGAUUUGAUCUUUAUCAGUCUUAUCUACCAAGAACAAAGUUUUUUGGAUGGCGUCAACGCCGCCACCUCACUGUUCAAUCACUACUGCUAAACCUUAUCAGAACCACCAGUAUCCUCACAGCCACCGUCAACAAGGCCACCCUAACAACCCCCACCACCAGCGCUGGACCAAUCAGAAAGUCUCUCUUAGCAAACCCCCUUUACCUCCUUCUCGUAAUGCGCCAAAACCCAGCGCCGCUUCCGCCGCCGCCGCCGCCACUCGUACCACUAACCCAUCUUUUCCUUCUCUCACCCCUCUCCACUCUCCAAAGUCCGAUCUUGCUACUGAUUUCUCCGGUCGCCGGUCGACCCGGUUCGUCUCCAAGCUCCAUUUUGGGAGAUCAAAAACCAAUUUGAGUAAUCGCCACAGUUUAGCAGCUGAGGAAGCUUUGCAAGAAGUGAUCCAAUAUGGAAAAGACGAUAAAGCCCUUGAAAAUGUUUUGCUGAAUUUUGAGUCUAGGCUUUCUGGGUCUGAUGAUUAUACAUUCUUGCUGAGGGAGCUUGGAAAUAGGGGAGAUUAUAGUAAAGCUAUUGGAUGUUUCGAGUUCGCGGUGCGGCGAGAGAGGAGGAAGAAUGAGCAAGGUAAGCUGGCUAGUGCUAUGAUUAGUAUUCUUGGUAGGUUAGGUAAAGUUGAGCUUGCUAAGUCGGUUUUCGAGACGGCUCUUAAUCAAGGUUAUGGUAAUACUGUUUAUGCAUUUUCUGCUUUGAUUAGUGCUUAUGGUAGAAGUGGGUACUGUUAUGAGGCUAUUAAGGUUUUUGAUUCUAUGAAAAGUUAUUGCUUGAAGCCGAAUUUGGUUACUUAUAAUGCUGUUAUCGAUGCUUGUGGAAAAGGCGGUGUGGAGUUUAAGAAAGCGCUGGAGAUUUUCGAUGAGAUGUCUCAGAAUAAUGUGCAACCUGAUCGGAUUACGUUUAACUCGUUGCUUGCUGUUUGUAGUAGAGGAGGGUUAUGGCAGGCGGCGAAGGAUUUGUUUAGUGAAAUGAUGAAUAGGGGGAUUGAGCAAGAUAUUUUUACUUAUAAUACUCUUUUGGAUGCGGUUUGUAAAGGUGGACAAAUGGAUAUGGCUUUGCAGAUUAUGUCGGAGAUGCCUCGGAAGAAUCUUCUGCCGAAUGUUGUUACUUAUAGUACUAUGAUUGAUGGGUAUGCUAAAGCAGGUAGAUUGGAUGAUGCUCUUAAUUUAUUUAACGAAAUGAAGUUUUUGGGCGUCGCAUUGGAUAGAGUUUCGUAUAAUACUCUUCUCUCUAUCUAUGCUAAGCUUGGAAGAUUUGAGGAGGCUUUGGGCGUUUGCAAGGAGAUGGAGAAUGCUGGUAUUAGGAAAGAUGUUGUGACAUAUAAUGCGCUUUUGGGUGGGUAUGGUAAACAAUACAAGUACAAUGAAGUAAGGAGAGUGUUUCAGGAGAUGAAAGGGGGACGUGUAUUACCUAAUGUAUUAACUUAUUCAACUUUGAUGGAUGUUUAUUCUAAAGGCGGUCUAUACAAGGAAGCAAUGGAGGUUUUUCGGGAGUUCAAGCAGGCAGGAUUGAAGGCUGAUGUUGUUCUUUAUAGUGCCCUUAUAGAUGCCUUGUGCAAAAACGGGUUGGUGGAGUCUGCUGUCAUUUUACUUGAUGAGAUGACAAAGGAGGGUAUUCGACCUAAUGUCGUUACUUAUAAUUCUAUAAUCGACGCCUUUGGCCGGUCAGCAACCGCACAGUGUGUAAUUGAUGAUGCUUCUGGAAGCAAUGAGUUGCAAGUUAACUCCUCAUCUUCGAUCGUUGUUAAGGAAGCUAUCGAAGGUCAAGUACUCAAUAGGGAGGAUAAUAGGAUAUUUCAAAUUUUUGGACAGCUUUCUGCUGAGAAGGUAUGCCAAGCAAAAAACAGAGGCAAACAGGAAACCUUGUGCAUUCUGGCAGUCUUUCAAAAGAUGCAUGAGCUGGAAAUCAAACCAAAUGUUGUCACAUUUUCUGCCAUUCUAAAUGCUUGCAGUCGGUGUGAUUCAUUUGAAGAUGCCUCAAUGCUAUUAGAGGAGCUCCGUUCAUUAGACGAUCAGGUCUAUGGUGUGGCUCAUGGGCUUCUCAUGGGCUGCAGAGAAAAUAUUUGGCUGCAAGCACAGUCCUUGUUUGAUGAAGUUAAGUUAAUGGACAAUUCAACAGCCUCUGCCUUUUAUAAUGCUCUGACCGACAUGUUAUGGCAUUUUGGCCAGAAACGAGGGGCCCAAUUGGUUGUUCUUGAAGGGAAACGUCGGCAAGUAUGGGAAAAUAUGUGGACCGAUUCUUGCUUAGAUUUGCAUCUAAUGUCUUCUGGUGCUGCUCGAGCAAUGGUUCAUGCAUGGUUGCUGAACAUACGGUCAAUCGUGUUUGAGGGUCACGAGUUGCCAAAGUUGUUAAGCAUAUUGACAGGAUGGGGUAAACACAGCAAAGUGGUAGGCGACAGCGCGCUAAGGCGGACUGUUGAGGCACUUCUGACAGGGAUGGGUGCACCCUUUAGGUUAGCUAAAUGCAACUUGGGUCGAUUUAUAUCGACAGGAUCAGUGGUUGCUGCCUGGUUAAGAGAGUCGGGCACUCUAAAAUUGCUUGUCCUUCACGAUGAUAGAAUUCAUCAAGGAAAUGUGAGAUUUGAUCAAAUCUCUAAUUUACAAAUGCUUCAAUUGUAGCUAUAUGUAUCAUAUUGUAUAUUUUUGCUAUAUUCAUGUUUAUUCCUUGUGUGCAA